GAUUACGAGGAAUUUAGAAGUCGCCAACGAGGUCACUCUUCACGUGAAAUAAAAUCUUCCUCGAUUUUGUCGAAAAAACUGGAAUCGGGCUUUAACUUGGUGAGUGUCGAUUUGAUUGAAAUCGAUACAAAAAUUGUAGAUCACAUUUCGAUGUUUGCUUUUUCUGCCACUGCUUGCUAACAGUUUUCCCGUAUGAAUACGUAAUCGACAAAAGACAUGGAUCAAUGGCGGAGUCAAAACACAAAAAGUAAAUCUUUCAGCAAAUUCCGAUAAAUCGUACAUCCGCAUUCGCAUGCGGUCGAGAAAUGACGAAGAUGACGAAAACGACGGAUCGAAGAUCAACCAAAGAGAUUUGAGAAUCAAAGUCCGUCACAUUGCAAGAGUCAGAAGUGUAAAGGAAUUCCCCUCGGAACACAGGAAGGAUGGCAGCAAUUCUACCCAGAACACAUACUUUGUUAUCAAAAUGAAACAGUCUGCCGAUCAACAAGGCAACAAAUUUAAAUUCUUAGCACAAUCUCUGGCAGAACGAGAUACAAUCGUGCUGGCUAUCAAAAGUCUUCUUCAUGAUCAGGGAAAAAAUUCACAUGCCAGCCGCAAUUCAAGAGACCAAAAUGCUGAAUCUAAGAUUCGAUCGGAAGACGUCAAUGUCAAUGCAUUCAAAGCAUUGAACAUAUCCGAGCAAUCAAAGGAAGAAAUUAGAGACCAAGAAUCAGCUUAUAGUGAUGAGUUUUUUGACAGUCGUGACGAAGUUUGUCACGAUCGCGAAGACGAUUCAGAGAGGGAUACUCUCGACAGAUUCGAUCCGUACUCCAUGGACAAGAAGUCUUUCACGAGAGGAAAGUCCCGAGAUGACUUGUACGAUACUCAAAACCACAGGACAGUCCGGAACAGCAGUUGUAGGAUAUCAACGAAGAAGGAUCAUACUGACAAGCACAGACGGCACUCGGUUGCUACUAAUGGAAGAUAUGGCAACCAUAGAUCCUAUUCACUUUCUAGAUCCCAUUCCCGAUCUAGAUCGCAGUCCCGAUCCCGAUCCCCAAGAACUUUAGAGCGUCGUAGAACAACAGAUAGACACGGGAACAAAGAUGUUACUUUUUAUGAUUCGCUUGUCAUCGUCGAAGAUGAAGAUAUGGUCACSCUUGCAGCUAAUUGCACAAGCAAGGCAACUGGAAUGGCAAAUUUAGCAGCAGGUUGCUCUCAACAGACGAGUGGGCCAUGGUGUACAGAUGAUGUAUGUUCAGCAACACUGAAGGACUUCACUGAUUCUAUGACUGGAAUCUUUGAGUUAAAACACAACUACAAUAUGAAUGAAAUGAACGGUACCAAUGAAGGUCAAAGAGCUGUUGCAGAGGAAUACCUUUCAGGAUUCUUGAGUAAUAAUUCGAACAUGGGCGAGCUGUUAUCGGUUCGAGAUCUCUGGAAAGUUGCCGCCUUUAAUAAACAUGCUACCGGAAAAGAACUGAAGAGGCUCCACAACAGAGCGAGAAACGCUGAGGGUAAAGCAAGACGUAUCAAACAAUUGAGAAAACAGAUGACUUUUGAAGGCGCUGACGCGGAUAACACAGCACAUUUGCUACAAAUUAGUUCCUUUGACGAUGCGACCAGAAAAGGAAAUUCAGAGGAUGACAGCGGCCGUUUGUUCUAUGAUAGCGACCCUGAAGAUGCUAGACAUUGUAACAAAAAAAGAGGACCUAGAGUAGCUGCGGCUCUCUUUGAAGAGUCAUCGUCCGAGUCGAAAGUGCAACGAAGAGAAGUCUUAGAUAUCCUAGACAACAGUCGUUUUGGAUUGGGGCGCAAAUGGAGGCGUGUGGGACAAGAAGUUCUCUUCGAUAUCAUUGAGGUAAGAUAAGAGAGGAUCUUGCAGCAUAAUGCUCAUUUUGGGUCAUCACAUUUGUUUUGAAUAAAAUAAUAUCUAACCAUUGAAAUUGUGUAAUCUCUCUCCAUCACUCCUUAUAGGCAACUAAGAACGAAAAACUCACUCUUUUGUGGCACCCGACUCACACUGAAGAAAACAAUAACAUGCCA